AUGUCUAAUAUAAAAAGUCAUGUUGAUUUAGAACUGGGUAUACUAUACGGUGCACUUUUACAAAUUCGAAAUAAAAAUGAUUGUCUUUCCGUUAAACCUGAUCUUGUGCAAGUAUGGGUAGGCAAAGUAAAUCCUAGACAAGGAAAACUUUUGAUGUCGUUUAUAAAGACAUUUUUCAGUUUAGAAGAUGUAAAAACUCCUUAUCUCAAUCAUCUAAAACGAAUAAGAAAAGUUGACAAUUAUUUAGAGGUAAUAGUUUAUCCGUACGAGUCCGAUCAGCAGUAUGAUAGUAUUAUGGAGUUAUCCCUGAACUUUUCUGAAGAGUUUAGCAUUGAUAAUUUGGAGGUAAAAGAAGUCCCACAAAAUGCACCUCCUACCAAGGAACUUACUCAACAGUGGACUAAUGAGUACUGGCCAAUAAUAUGGAAGGGAAAUCCGAACCACCAGUUCUUGAACUCGGUGGAAAUUGACAUCCAAGAAGAGAAGCAAAUGAUAAAUACGCUUUUGGAUUCUUUGGCAGAUGCAGCUCUAUCAUCACGAGACUCUACGUUUAAUUUUCUGGGAACGGCAAUAGCUUCUAAAGUGGGAGAUAGAAUUGAAAUUCAUACUAUUUGUAUUGCUUCUGAUAUAAACCAUAAUCCACAGGAGCACAGUGUUAUGCAGGCUAUUUCAAAGAUUGCUGAAAAGGAAGUCAUGAAUAGAAAAAGCAAUCAAAAUGAGCGAGGAUACCUUUGUAAUGAUAUGAUUGUAUAUACAACCCAUGAACCCUGCGUAAUGUGCGCUAUGGCUCUAGUUCACUCAAGAAUUGGACGGAUCAUAUAUUUGAAACCAGAAAAAAGCUCAGGUGGAUUGGAAUCACAUUAUCAGCUCGGCGAUCGAGAUGGGUUAAAUUGGAAAUUCGAAAUAUGGAGGUGGUUAGGGGUAGAUGAAAUCACACGGUUAGAUGGUAUAAAUGAAAAUAGAUAUGCAUGUAUAGACUACUAA